AAAGAAGUUGAAAGAUAGGAGUUGCCAGAUCGGGAAGAAAUGAGAUUCAAAGGAGUAAAAGUACUCCCAGUCUACCUCCACCGCUGCAAUAUAGUACACUCGGACUCUUCGGCUGAAGAACUGCCUGCCGCCAAGUCCGCGAGGCAAGACGGAGUAUAAAGCCGCCAUUCCCAAGUUCACGUGAGGUCGACAGAUCACAGCCCACUUGCCUGGAAGGGAAACAUGGCACAAAGAAAGAAGCAAGUCAGAAUUACGGAUUUCAAUGAUUUAAAGUUGCUGAAAGAAGUUGUGGCCCAAAACCCUUUCAAAGACAAAAAGACGUGGGAGACAAUUGCAGAAAUUUUAUCAACAGCAGAAUUUGUAAUUGAUGGCAGACGGGUUAGAGAAAGGACAGAUCUCCUUGUUGAAAAAUUUAAACAGAAAGAGAAUGUGUCAGUAAAAAGUUCUGGUGUGGUUGAGGACUACGAUGAGAAACAAAUGCUCUUACAGGAAAUUACUGAAUUGUUGGAGGAGGAAAUAAGGGUGCAAGAAGAAAACAGGGAACAGAGCAACACAAAAGAGAUAAAGAUGAAGACAAUGGCAGAGAGGAUUUCACUCCCACUAAAAAGAGAAAUGUUAAUACUGAUGUUUUAAUGUUUCUAAAGGAAAAAAAUACAACAAAAAAGGAAUUGAAACAGGAGGAACUGGAAAUUAGAAGAGAGGAGUUGAAACUGAGUAGAGAAAAUUUCCAGCUGGAACGACAGGAACGGUUACCAAAAUUAGAAGUUGAUAAACAACAG